UCUGUGCAGCUCCUCGUUCAAACCCACUGGAACUGUUCUGGUUGCGAGGCAGGAAGCAGCUGGCUCGUGUAGCCAAUCCAGGAACGCUAGCAUGGCGGGGACGGAAGGCGAGUUCGGCAUGAAGCAGUUCGAGUACUGGACCAACCGUUGGAACAACGGGGACACGCCGUGGCAACGUGACGGAGUCUAUCCACUUCUAGAGAAGAACCAGGACGUCAUUUUGGCGGAAAAACAGGAUGCCCAGGUCUACGUCCCGAUGUGUGGAAAGGCGGCCGAUUUGAAAUGGUUCUACGACAAGGGACAUCGCGUCGUUGGCGUGGAGUUCAUCGAGGCGGUUGCCCGGAGCUUUUUCGUCGACAACAGCCUUCCUUUCGAUGAAGCCGAGUGCCCUGUACUCAAGUGCAAGAUAUUUCAGACUCCCGACAAGAGGUUGCGAAUAUUCGUCUGCAACGUCUUUGACUUCAACAAGUCCUGCGCCGGAACCAUGGACAUUGUGUGGGAUAGAGGAGGAUUGAGCUCAAUCGACGUGGAACUCAGAGACAGAUACGUCACCUUGAUGAAGUCAUUGCUGUCACCAAACUUCUCCUACGCUUUGUGGUCCACCGUCUAUGAUGAUAGUACUUUCAAUGAUUUUCCCACAAGUAUGCCGGAGGGAGUUCUUCGGGAGCUGUUUGCGGGGAAAGGUAUGAAGCUGCGUCUCAUCGAUUCGAGAAGCCCGAGUUCGCGUUCUCACUUCAAAUCCGGCACUGUUAACCUCUGGCACUUGACGGAAUGAGGGCAAGACCUGGCCUCGGCAGCAUCUGCAGCGACCACUUCCACCACAACCGGAUUGUCCCGCAUCGCGAGAGAGUUGUCUCUCGCUCCAUAAUCCCGCUCUGUCGAUCAGAUACCACCUGGAAGACAAAGCCUGCCUCGUUGCUCACCAAACGUUAUCACCGGUGGAUCCAGCCAGAGCCACCUACUUUGCAUCACCUUCGCAGCCAGUAAGCCUUGGAGCAUCUAACAACGAACACGACGAUGGGGCCAAAUAAACUACUUCAAGAGCGCACCAAGAUCACGUUCGUCGUGUUAGAGUACGUGUUCUGUCAUUGCUGAACCAAGCAUGUGCAGAGAAGGCCCAGUGACUUGCUUCCUUUAAGCUGUUUGAAUGGUCCUAUAAACUCGUGGCGUCGGUUGCAUCCGGACUUUGGUGAAAAGAACUAUACUACGUGCUGAAACCAAGACGGGCGAGUGUGGAGCUUUGCGGCAACUGUCGUCGAGCAUUAGCAGGUUUGCCGCUUGGGGCGGCAAACCUGCUAAAGCCACCGACAAUGUCGUCAUGCCCAAUCCUUGUCUUCUAGAUCGGUGGUUCUCAAAUGGGGGUCCGCUGACCCUUUGGCGUCCGCGAAGGCAUUCCAGGGGUCUGCGAAGCUCUCCCUCAUCAGUCAAGCCCAAAAAUAAAAGUUUUUUUUUUUUUUUUAUUUGAGAAGAAACGUUCCAAUUUUGGUGAAUUUUCUCGUGAUGUCAAUGAUAUAAGUCUACUUCACAGCAGCCCUUAGUUAUAUCCUUUUAUUAAAUCAUUAUCAUACUUAACCUAU